AUGCUGUUUUUAUUUCAUUCAUUUAUUGUGGCUUUAAAUUCUUACGCGAUUUGGUACGACCAACAAUAUGUGGAUCUGCCUGUGCCUUCGGAGGAUUUCGCUAACAUGCCCAUUAAAGCUAGAGGAGUUUUUCUAACAUUUUGGUGUCUAGUGCUUCAAACAGUGUACUUCACAAUUGCCUUAUUAAAUGACAUCUUCGGCACAAAUGCAACAGCACCAAAAAAACCGCCAUUAAUUCGAAAAAUUAAAGACACAGUGUUCAGUCUAUCUUUUACGAUAGCAAUAUAUGUAGCAACUGCUUUCUGGGGAUUAUACAUAGUCAACAAAGAAUUAAUAUUUCCAGACGACAUCGAAAUUGAAUUUCCAAGUUGGCUUAACCACACUAUGCACACUUUCAUAGUCCCAUUUAUAUUAAUAGAACUAUUUAUAUCUAACAGAAAUUAUCCAUCUAGAAUUUUAGGUGAGAAAUUACAUAAUUUGUCGACUUUAGAUAUAAGAGUAACGUAUGAGAAGAAACGUUGA